UCAGGUACCACAAAUCAUAACCUUUAACUGGCUCACACUUCCACGGCACAAACCUAGUACCAAACUUUCAAUUUAAAGCUUUGUUCCUUUCUGUGCUUUGGUGAUAGCCAACCCAUAGCCAGUUAUAUACCACAUUACAUUACAACUCUAUAUAAUAGGCCUCUUUUCUUUUAUUCUAUUCUAUAUACUCUGAAAUAUAUAUAUCAAAGAUGAAGCUUGCAUUUGCAUUACUCCUUCUUGUCCUCAGCUCCUCUUUCUUAGAAGUCUCGUUAGCUGGUUCUGUUUUUUGUGACACUAGGUGUGCGGAAAGGUGCUCAGAAGCUUCGAUUCAGGACAGAUGUUUGAAGUAUUGUGGGAUCUGUUGUGAGAAAUGUAACUGUGUGCCAUCUGGGACUUAUGGGAACAAAGAUGAGUGUCCUUGUUAUAGAGACAUGAAAAACUCAAAGGGCAAAGGAAAAUGCCCUUAAUUCACACAUUCAUGUUUAUCCUAUAUAUACCAUAUAUGUGCAUCAUAUCAUAAUCUAGCUACUUUCUACUCCAUAAAACUCGCAUAUGUAUCUCUAGGUUUAAUUUUUUUUUUUUUUUAAGCAAUCUCUAAGUUUAAUUAUGUCAUGUCCUAUUGUGUAUGUAUCCUUGCUAGCUGAAGCUGAUUAUGCUUUCACAGCUGUUAUUAAUUGGAUAAUAAUUUGUUUUAAAAAAAUUGGAUAA